AUGGGGAACUUAUUGUUACAAGGCUAUGCCAUUUGGUUUGAAGAAUGUUGGAGCAACAUAUCAAAGAGUGGCAACAGCCAUUUCCAUGAUAUGAUACACAAAGAAGUGGAGGUGUACGUGGAUGAUAUGACUAUCAAGUCGGUUACUCGACAGGGGCAUUUUGCGGUAUUAAGAAAGUUUUUUGAACGAAUUAAAGAGUACAAGCUAAGACUAAACCCUCAGAAGUGCAUGUUUGGAGCAACAGCAGGGAAACUCCUAGAAUUUCUUGUUAGUGAGAGAGGAAUACAAGUAGAUCCUGACAAGAUAAAGGCCAUAACAGAAAUGCAAGCACCAAAAAUAGAAAAAGAAAUCCGGAGUUCUUAG